AUGUUGCGCCAAACCCAUGACGAAUUCAAUCUAAGAUCUUUUCAAUCUUCCAGUGCCACACUAAUGGAUCCCUACAAGUUACUCGGAAUCGUCCAAAACCCGGACGGGUCACUCACUCGGCAAGCUCAUUUCCCUUCGGUUCCAGCAACAGAAGAAACCUGCACCGAGUCCAACACAUCUCAACUUGCUCUCUUUAAGGAUAUCCCUCUAAACCCUCAAAGCAAAACCUUCAUUCGUCUCUACCGGCCGCCAUCCCCACCACCGACAAGCAUUGACAAUAAGCUCCCUCUCUUAAUAAACUUCCACGGCGGCGGCUUUAUCCUCUUAAGUGCUACUUCUCGUCGUUUCCACGAUGAAUGUUGUGUCAAAACGGCUAUGAUCCCAGCCAUAGUCAUUUCACUAGAAUACCGUCUUGCGCCGGAGCACCGCCUUCCGGCUGCAUACGACGAUGCGAUGGAAACGAUCACGUGGGUUCGGGAUCAGGCGGUGAAUAUCGACGGAUGUGAUCCGUGGUUAAAAGAGUACGCAGAUUUUUCCAAGUGUUUUUUAUACGGUUCUAGUUCAGGUGGUAACAUGGUUUUUCAUACGGCUUUACGUGCAUUGGACGUCGAUAUAUUGCCUGUGAUGAUCAUCGGGCUAAUAAUGAAUCAACCUUACUUCGGUGGGGUAGAGAGGACUGAAUCGGAGAAGAGAUUCUCCGAUGACCGGAUCUUGCCUUUAGCGGCUAAUGAUCUGGCGUGGUCCUUGGCUUUGCCGAAGGGAGCUGAUCAUGAUCAUGUUUUUUGUAAUCCAAUGACGGCUGAUGAGUCUUUUAAGGAGAAGAUGGGACGGUUGCCACGUUGCUUUGUGUCUGGCCACGGAGGGGAUCCAUUGAUCGACAGGCAGAGGGAGUUGGUGAAAAUGCUGGAGGCGCGUGGCGUGGACGUGGUUCCAGAGUUCGCUGAAGGAGGUUGUCAUGGGGUAGAGAUUUUUGAUCCGUUGAAGGCGGAAGUUCAUCUCCAGAGCAUCAAGGAAUUCGUUAACACUUCAUGUUCGUGUGUUAAUGUUGUUGCUGCCAAAUCAACCCCGUCAGAUUUCAUACCGGCAACACAAUUAAUUUCGAAUUAA